AUGAAGAAUGAAAUUGAAUACUGUGGACAUGUGAUCAACAAAGAUGGUCUUUGUAAACCACAGAAGAAAAUUGAAGCAGUAGUGAAUGCCCCCAACCCACAGAAUGUAAAUCAGCUGAGAUCAUGGCUUGGAUUUGACACUCCCUGGCACAGGAAAAAGGAACAAGAAGCAGCGUUUACAAAAGUGAAAUCAAUGGUUGCAUCUGACACCGUUCUCACACAUUAUGGCCCUGACAAAGAAUUACGCUUAGCAACCGACGAAUCAGCUUAUGGUCUUGGAUGUGUUUUGUCCCAUGUUAUGCCAGAUGUGAAAGAAUUGAGGAAGGAGACCAGAAGUAAUCCUAUUCUUGCCAAAGUGAUCCAAGUUGUACUGUCUGGCUGGCCUGCAAAACAACAGUUACAUCCAGACCUCCUACCUUAUUUCCACAAAAGAGAAGAUGAUGGAUGUUUGUUGUGGGGAGGACGAGUAAUUGUUCCACCAAAACUCCAACAACGCGUUCUAGAGGAACUACGUGAAGGCCUCAUCGGAAUUGUCAAAAUGAAGGGAUUACCCCGAAGCUAUUUCUGGUGGCCCGGCUUGGAUUCUCAAAUUGAAAGCACAUGCACAUCUGAAGGUUGUACACUUACACAAAACAAUCCUCCUGCUGCUCCUGUACAUAGAUGGGAAUUUCCAGAAAAACCCUGGUGCCGAGUCCACAUAGACUUCGCAGAACCCUUUAUGAACUCUAUGUUUCUUGUAGCAGUCGACGCACACUCAAAAUGGCCAGAAGUUCACAUCAUGUCAUCAACAACAUCUUCAAAAACAAUUCAAGUGCUGAGAACCAUAUUUGCCACACAUGGUCUGCCAACUCAAAUUGUUUAUGAUAAUGGCUCACAACUCAGGUCAGAGGAAUUUGAAACCUUUCUAAAGAUGAAUGGAAUACAGCAUCUUACCUCAGCUCCUUACCAUCCAAGAACAAAUGGAUUGGCUAAACGCUUUGUAAGGACAAUGAAGGAAGCUUUGAAGAGUGACGAAAGCAACGCAAGUCUCAGGUACAAACUUGACACUUUCCCUAUGAAAUACCGCAAUUGUCCACAUACUACAACUGGUAAUUCUCCAGCUGUCAUGCUGAUGGGUGACCCUUUACGCUGUCGUCUGGAUCUAUUAAAACCACACAUAACCCGUACAGUUGAAAAGUCUUUUGUCGCAGCACCAUCAUCCAAACAAAUGCGUCAUUUCAACAUUGGUAUACCUGUUCUAGCCAGAAAUCAUGGAAGAGGUAAUCUCUGGUCCAAAGGUAUCGUAUCAAAACAAACCGGUCCAGUAUCAUACCAAGUACAAGUUAGUACUUCAACUUGGCGUCGUCAUCUCGAUCAGUUAAGAAGAUCUGAACUACCAAGUACAGAAAGUACUUCUGUUACCAUGACAACUACUGAACCACAGGUUUCUGAAGAGAAAUACCAAGAGUCACAGACAGAUGCGCCUUCGACAGUUGAUACUCCUGAUGUCAACUCAUCACAAGUUAUCUCGGAGAGUCAGAACAGAACCCCUGAUGAUGUACAGAGCAAAGAAAACUCCAAUACUCAAGCUCCAGUCAUGCAAGAUCCCAAAUUACGAGAGUCAAGACCAGUGAGGAACAGAAAAAGUCCAGUAUGGAUGAAAGACUAUGUUGCAAAAUGA